CGCUGGACGUGGGCCGGAGGAGGCGGCCGGGCGCACGGCGGGGGCUCCCGCGCAGCCGGCCGAGAAGCAGUGGAUGUGCUCUCUGUGGGUCCGUUUAACAUGCUAUAGAGCAACAUCAUAACAUAACUCCAACUUCUGUACAGUAACUUCUGCUGGUGGACUAGUUUAGAGAAGACUUUACCAUGCUCCGAGCCUUUAAUCACACAAAUGGUAGGUAUGUGGUCCAUCAUUGUAAGUGUCGGCAUCAUCAUAAGUCUGUGCUGGCAAUCAGGAGAGAAGAUGUUAAUGUGUGGGAGAGAAGAGCACCUCUAGCACCAAAGCAUGUUAAAGAAUUGACACAAAUGGGAUACAAAGUUUUGGUGCAACCAUCAAACCGGAGAGCCAUCCAUGAAAAGGAUUAUGUCAAAGCAGGUGGCAUUAUUCAGGAAGAUAUUUCUGAGGCUUCUCUGAUUGUGGGCGUGAAGAGACCUCCAGAGGAUAAAUUAAUCCCUAAAAAGAACUAUGCCUUCUUUUCUCACACUAUUAAAGCCCAAGAGGCAAACAUGCCCUUGUUGGAUGAGAUUCUACGACAGGAAAUUCGACUGAUUGACUAUGAAAAAAUGGUUGAUCAUAAAGGAAUGCGAGUUGUGGCCUUUGGAAAGUGGGCUGGUGUAGCAGGAAUGAUCAACAUCCUACAUGGAUUGGGAUUACGAUUUCUAGCCUUGGGACAUCACACUCCCCUCAUGCACAUUGGGAUGGCACAUAACUACAGGAACAGCAGUCAGGCUGUGCAGGCUGUGCGGGAUGCUGGGUAUGAAAUUUCACUGGGAUUGAUGCCAAAGUCUGUUGGGCCCUUAACAUUUGUGUUUACAGGCACUGGUAAUGUUUCCAAGGGUGCCCAGGAAAUGUUUAAUGCCCUCCCAUGUGAGUUUGUGGAACCACAUGAGUUAAAGGAAGUUUCCAAAUCUGGAGACCUCAGAAAAGUCUAUGGGACAGUGUUAAGUCGUCACCAUCAUCUUGUAAGGAAGCGUGAUGGAUUGUAUGAUCCUGUAGACUAUGAUAAACAUCCAGAACUUUACACUUCCCGUUUUAACACUGAUAUUGCACCCUACACAACUUGUUUAAUUAAUGGCAUAUACUGGGAACAACAUACUCCUCGCUUGUUAAGUCGACAGGAUGCUCAGAAGCUGCUGGUGCCCGUUAAAUCUACUGCUGCUGCAAGGGAGGGCUGUCCUGAGUUACCACACAAACUUUUGGCAAUAUGCGACAUUUCAGCAGACACUGGAGGAUCUAUAGAAUUUAUGACGGAGUGUACAACAAUUGACAGUCCAUUUUGUAUGUAUGAUGCUGAUCAGCACAUUAUUCAUGACAGUGUUGAAGGCUCUGGGAUUCUAAUGUGUUCCAUCGACAACCUGCCAGCGCAGCUUCCGAUAGAAGCAACAGAAUACUUUGGCGAUAUGCUUUUCCCAUAUAUUGAAGAGAUGCUUUUAUCAGAAGGCUCAGAACCUCUUGAAAACCAGAAUUACUCAUCUGUUGUUAGAGAUGCAGUGAUUGCAUCCAAUGGCUCACUGACAGCUAAAUAUGAAUAUAUCCAGAAAUUGAGGGAGAGAAGGGAAUAUGCUCAGUCGCUGAACAUGGAUAAUAAGAAGAGGGUUUUGUUACUUGGAUCUGGCUAUGUUUCUGGCCCUGUACUAGAAUACCUCACUAGAGAUUCCAGCAUUGACAUCACAGUGGCAUCUGUCAUGAAGGAACAACUCGAACAACUGACCAGAAAAUAUGGCAGUGUUACUCCAGUUCAUAUGGAUGUCAUUAAGCAUGAGAAAAAUCUGUCCUCUUUGGUGAAGAAACAUGACCUUGUCAUCAGCUUGCUGCCUUAUUCAGUACAUCCUUUGGUUGCUAAGAAAUGUAUUAACAACAAAGUGAACUUGGUAACAGCCAGCUACUUAACACCAGCUAUGAAAGAACUCCAGGAAAGCAUAGAAGAUGCUGGUAUUACAGUUAUCAGCGAAAUGGGUUUGGAUCCUGGUCUUGACCAUAUGUUGGCGAUGGAAUGUAUUGACAAAGCAAAAGAAGUUGGUGCUACGAUUGUAUCCUACACUUCUUUCUGCGGUGGCCUGCCAGCUCCAGAGCAUUCUGACAAUCCUCUGAGAUACAAGUUCAGCUGGAGCCCACAAGGAGUGUUGCUGAAUACAGUCCAGUCUGCCACAUAUUUAAAAGAUGGAGAGAUUGUCAGUAUUCCAGCUGGAGGAGCGUUACUUGAUUCUGUUACUUCGAUGGAUUUUUUCCCAGGAUUAAAUCUAGAAGGUUUUCCUAACAGAGACAGUACAAAAUAUGCUGAGCCGUAUGGUAUUCAGACAGCUCACACUUUGUUAAGAGGCACCUUAAGAUACAAAGGAUAUUCUAAAACUAUGGGAGGCUUUGUAAAACUAGGAUUGAUUAACCCAGAUCCUUAUCCUUUAAGCUCAACCACACCACCUCUAACCUGGAAAGAGCUCAUGUGCAAACAGAUUGGAAUCAAACCCUCUGCUGAGUACAGUGCUCUCAAAGAAGCAGUAUUUAGCAAACUGGGAAAGGACAAAAGUCAGCUGGAGGCAGUGGAAUGGUUAGGAUUACUGGGAGAUGAACCAGUUCCAGCAGCAGAUUCCAUUGUGGAGGCACUUGCAAAGCACAUGGAGAUGAAGCUGCCUUUUGGCACUGGAGAGAGAGAUAUGAUUGUUAUGAGAAAUGAAAUAGGUCUCAGGCAUCCUUCUGGUCAUUUGGAAGACAAAUUCAUCAGUCUCGUUGUCUAUGGUGAUAACAACGGGUACUCUGCGAUGGCUAAAACAGUAGGAUACCCCACUGCUAUUGCUGCUAAGAUGGUUCUAGACGGUGAAAUAAAUACCAAAGGCAUGGUUAUACCCUUGACAAAGAAUAUUUAUGGACCAAUACUUGAACGUGUUAGGGCAGAAGGCAUUGUAUAUAGUACUCAUAGUGUUAUCAAGCAAUAACUGGAAACAGUGGCUUGAAUCUGGUUUUGGUUUUGUUUGACUUUUGCCCCCUUUCAAGAGUCUCAACUGAACAGUUAAAGGUGGCAUCUGCUAUUUCAGACACAAAUGAUGCCUUCUAUAAAACCCAUUGCCUGACUUUAAUGUAGGAACUGCAUACACUAAUAAAUGACAUAUAAAUGGUGAUAUUUUCCCUACAAUCCUGGGGCUUUGUUUAUUUCAGCUGACUGGCGCUGCUGAUUUUAAAGAGGACCUGUCAGACAGUGGCCAAAGACUUUUGUUGUCCUUAAAGCCUUUGACUGUCAUACUGUCAUGUACAUGUUUUAAUAUCAAUCUGAUCUUUCCUGAUAAGAAAAUACAUUGCGAGGAUUUUUUAAUUGAUAGAGCUUAUCCUCUAAGGUGAUUGUCAAGACACAAUUCAGCUAAAAGGGAAAAAUAGUGAAUUCUUUUGCGAAGGAAAAGCCUGGCUUUGAUUAAGUUUGAUUGUUCAUGUGUUCAUAUAUAAUUUGUUAAAAUAAUAGAGAUAAAAGUGAUACUUAAUUUAAAUGUUGUUGUCCCAUGCACUUUAACAGUAUUUGUGAACAUCUUCCCAAUAUGCAAGAAAUAAUUUAGAAAUUCUGUGCAACUAGCAAAUAAGAUCAUGUUAAAUCUUUAAAAUGUUUAGUUGUUAAUAUUUGAAACUUAGAUCUUAAUAUUUGUGGAAUACAUCUCCUAUGAAUGUGAACUUAAUUGGAGGAGGGAAGAAUUUGAAACAACAAAAAAUAUAAAUACCCUUCCAAUUACAGAGUGGAAGGGUCACAAUAUGUUGAAAUAACUACUGUUACAUGCUACUUUUUUGCUGUUAGAGAGCACACUAGCAUUUAACUCUGCAGCUAGGAAGGACAUUCUUGAAUACAACAUAGUUGAUGUUUUUGAAUGAAUGGGCUUAAAAGGCCCUCCAAAUAAUAUGUUUACUCUUUCAACUUACACUAUUUGCUUAGUCCAGGUCAAGUUCUGGUACAAAGGGAAUAGCCUGUGUAGUACAGUAGUAUAAACAGCUUUGCAAUGCUGUAGGCCAAGAGGCUUAAAUCAUUGCUUUUUGAGUUAGCUUCUGUCCUUUUUCUGUCAUACUUUUGAAUUGUUGAUUUGGGGGCCUAUGUAUCCUGCUCAAUGCAGUACCACUCUAGACUGAUGGGAGUUAGGAUCAAGUGAGCUGGGACACUGGCAAAGUGGUGUGCUGCACAACUGUGCCAACCUGAGUCUAGCAGCAGUUUUGCUGCAUCAGGCCAGUGUUGAACUUGCAGAGCUGAUUAGCCUGAGUGCUGCACCGCUCUGACAAAACAGCAGUUGCUUCCUUCCAGUUUAGUACAGCUUCUCUGGCUUUAGCUCAAGGAUUUCUACCCUACUUUGCAGUGCAAGCAUGACCUAGACUUCCACCAGGUAGGUCUGCAAGGCACAGUGCUUUGUUCAGAUACCAGUUGCUCUAGUAUCUGACCUGUGCAAACUGUCCGGAGCUCCCCUUCUCUGAAGUUCGUCACAGAUUCUGGAAGUUGCUUUUGACUUUGCUCACAAACGUGCUUUGCUGACAAACGCACAGCCUUUUACCUUCUGGAAAGCACACUACAAUUACCACAGUUGCGAGGGACUGGAAUUCCUGGUAUUCCUCUGCCCAGUAGGAAAAGCAACCAUAACAAUAGCUGUCAUUUUGAUCUCCAGUCUCCUUACUCAGAAUUUGGGUUUUCUUUGUGCAGAACUGUUAAUGAAAUAGCAGCUGCAACAAAGAGGGUGAAGGAAGGAGCGAAAGGAAAAAACUCAAAAGGCAGAGUAUAAUGUCAAAGAGGAAGGCUUUUUACACUGAAGAACUGAAUGUUUUUGUCAAAUCUUGAUUCUGUUACAGCCAGCGCCUGUUCUGAAUAUGGGAUGAAAUUCUGGCUCCACCAUGUUGUUCUGCUUCCCACUGACACUACAAACUGUCAAUCUGUUCUUGGUUUGUAAGCAUAUCUAUGGAAGGAUAGAGUCAGGAAGGCAUUUUCCACUCCCUGCUGCCUCCUCCUCCCCCCUGCUAGAAUAAAGGCCUAUACCUAAGGGUUAAAACUAGACUUAGAUCUAUUAGUCCCUUCCAGUCCAAAGCUUAGUGAGACCAGGAUUUCACUCAAGAAUGCUCUGUUCAGUCUUGCACUCUACAAAUAUGCACAGAGCUGUGGUGUUCUGUAUCUGUGUACAUGCACCUUGCCUGCUUCUCUGCCCAGAAAAAGUAGUAUGCAGACAAUAUAUAUAUAUAUUUUUUAAGUCUGUAAUGAUACUGGAGCAUAAAAGGAAUGAGCAUUACAGUGUAUUUUAUUCAAGAAACACUGCUACAAAUUUUGAUAAAUUUUGUAUCAAUCUAUUUCUGUUUUCCAGUGCAAUGCCACUUUUGAUUUUCUAGGUUUAAAUAAAUAUAUUGCUUAGCUU